CGAGUGUGCUCUGAUUACUCGGACGAAGAAGGCUUCCGCAGACAAACAACAUGGCGGCGCCCGAGAGCGGCGAGCAAGCGAGCCAACUGGAAUUCUCGCUGCAAGUUCCCUUCCAGUCGGCGCGCCAGGCCGCUGUGGCUCUGCGUUCGCUGAGUCCCGACCGCGAGCCCCGGCGAGGAGGCGUCCGCAAGCGGCUGACGCUCGCCGGGAGUGUGCUCAGCGCGAAGUGGCGUGCAGAGCAAGCUCGCGUCCUUCGCGUAUCCGUCAACUCCUUCCUGGAGCACCUCGGCCUGGUCUUGGAGACCAUGCGUGCCUUUCCCGCCGACGUCGGACAGGAUCCUCACAGCGUUCUCGGUCGUCCACCUUCGAUGGACACGCGAGGGCCCGCCUUCAUGGAAAACUCCAGCGAGCCGAUGCUGCGUUCUUGAUUUAAAGCUUUUAGCGUUAAGCAUGUUUAUCUUUUUUUCCCUAAGUUGAUUUCAUCACGCGCUUGAUUACUGGCGUCAGCUCUCGCCCAAAAUGUCGCCACGAGCUGCUGUAGACGCAAGGCAGCCAAGCCAGCACUCCGUUGGUUUUGCUCUGACCAUUGUGCUCGUCUGCAUUGGGGCAGGGUAUUUUUGGUUCUUAUCUAAAUGUUCUUCUCCUGAUCUCACGUGUGCUUCAUGUGUAAAUGUACGUAUCAUUUUGCUUUGAAUAAAAACAGAAGUCGCCUCCCUU